UAACUUUGUAGAUUAAAUAUAUCAUGGAUCAUCAUUUAGACUCAAAUUGAAGGUGAAAUGAUCUUAAAUCUUAAAAGUUAAUUUGGAGUGCGACACGGACGAAAAAUAAUUCCAUUGCAUAAAUACAAAAAUACAUAUAUAAUCUUAAAUUCGAAAUGAAUUCUUGUGGGGCUAAUUCUCAAGUCACUACUCCCUUUUCUUUCAUUUUCAAUUAUUAAUUAUGCUUGUCUGAGGUCAGAAACACCACAUACGUAGUUGUCAUAAAUAGUAAGAAAAUACAAAAUAUAUUCGAUAUAUCCAUACACAUUAUACCCACAUUUCCACGAACACACACAUGGUAAGGGUCCUACUGUGUUUACCUUAAAACUCAGUUUUUCUCUUCACUUGUGCUUUACAAAACCCAUAAAACAUCUGCCAUGGAAACCAUCCAAUCUCCCUCUAUUGAAAGCUUUUCGUAUAGUUGGUUAGCUAAUUUCCAGCCAUCAGUUUUAGACAAUUCAUUUCGAGCCUCCAUCGACGGCCCUGAUCAAGAUGAUCAAGCUUCUUUCAUUGAAAUGGAUCCAAGAUUACCACCGUCAAAGAGAUUUUUCGGAGUUCCACAAGAUUUUAGCUUUGAUUUUCCCAUAUCAGAAUCCCCUCUAUCCCUUGUUCAUGCUGAUGAACUAAUUUCCAAUGGCUUCCUUGUGCCUCUUUUUGUCAAAAAUUCGAACAAGGAAAUUGAAAAAUAUGAUGCUAAAUACUCCUCAAUAUCGACUACCCCUACGCCCUCUAGCAGUAGGGUUAGAGGUGCUGAUGCCGCGUUUUUUAGUUGUGCAUUAAGAAGUUGUCAGAGAUUAUCGAAGCGUUUUCAACAAAAAUAUCUGAACGUUUUUAAGCUGAUCUAUCAAAGAAUGAGAAGGGGUGGCUCGAGAGUUGGGAGUGUUAGUAAUAUGAAAAUUCAUGAAUUAAAUGGAUGGGAUUUUUCUCAGGUUUCAUCUCCGAGAACUAGUGUAGCUUAUUCUGCAGAUAAUUGGCGCCGGUCUUGUGAUUCUGAGAGCUCCAUUUUUGAAGCAGUUCUUCACUGUAAAAGAACCCAAGGUAGCUAAUCCGGGCUGUUUCUUUUGUGAGAAUGGACAGACGAGAAGAUGGAAACGGGAGAAGAUUGUGAUAUGUCUGAUAUAUAAAUUUGUCUUCUUGAUGAAGCAGCAAUCUGUAAAAAUUUUCAACCACAGAAUUUGUAGAAUUUUGAAGAAAAGAACAUGGCAUAUGUCUUUAUAUUCUCUCUUCCAGGAGAUCGCUUUUAUCGCCUCGAAGAAGAUAUUUAUUUCUUGUUCUUGUAUAGUUUUGUUUGAUGAAAUAAAUAAUGUUCCAAACUUCAAUUUCAA